AGUCAUGUCACAACAUGGCGGAAGAUCGUCCCAUGGUCAUGGAAAACGAGGAAAACAAGAUCCUGAGAAGGGAAAUGUGGAAUUAGGAGAAGAUGAAGAAGAAGAAGAAGAUCCCUUUGAUACUAGGAUAAAAAAAUCAGGAUGUUCAGACCUUCACUAUGCUCUGAUGGAUUGUAUGGAUGUAAAUAAAGACUGGAGAAAGUGCCAAGAUCACGUUAAAGCUUUCAAGGCAUGCAUUGAUAAACAGAACAAACAGAAAAAGCCCUAGUUGGUGAAAAGGGAUGAGCUGACAACCGAUCCAAACUCUAAAAACCUGUAAGCAAUGACUGUGACUCUUAAGAGGUUACAAUGAAGAAGAAUGUGUGAAAAUGUUGCAGCCAAGAAGGGACUCAUUGGAACACUUGCCACUUUGUUAGAGAAAAUGCUCUCUUGCUUCUACAGUAAAACUGCCAUAGAUUGCAUUUCUUUGAGAAUGAUGCAAUUGUCUGGUAAAAGUUAGAGAGAAAGUAAUUGUGCUGUAAAUGGUGCAAUUGUCCACAAAAAUUCUUGAUGGCAGGUCAACAAUCUCUCGGUUUUUCCUUUUUAUGGGUAGAAUUGCUGUCCUAUUCAAGAAGAGUCAACAGAUGUAUCACAGAAAUUAAAAAUUUGAAAGAAGA